UUCAGUGUUGUACAUUGUUCAGUCCUUUUUAAUUGCAUGGUUUUUAAAGAGCAAUCUCAUCUGGAGAGCUGGGUACAGGUUUUUGUGUUGGUAAAGCACUUUUUAUGAUUUGUGUUUUGGUGCUGAUUCUACACAUCAAGACCUUAAUUGAAGACCAUGGUUAGUUAAUUAGUUUAAUAGCACUGGGAUAAAACCAAAACAUGCACCCACACUGGCCCUUUUUACAUAAGAUUACACACAGUAUGUGAGAUAUCUGUAUGCUAAAACCUAUAAUGGUAGAAAUCACUGAACUGGAAUUUCAUUGUGUUUUACAAGAUUCAGUCAUUUUAAAUGUAGUUCCUGAUUAUGAAAUCUUUCAACAUUUCUGACAGAUCUUCAAUUCAUAGCUCACAAUUUUGUUUUGAAAAGAAGGUCUAGAGUGACAAUCCCCUCUCCGUAAGAUAGACAUGUAUGUGGGCGUGUCUGAAACAAUAUUUUUUAUAUUUUAUAUAUUUAAUUCCUUAUCCUUUUUUUGAGUAGUUUGAGGCAUUGCUUACAUUGCUGUAUGCCUGACAGCCCAACACACAUUUUGUGUGAAUACACACACACACACACACACACACAUGCAGACAUGCAGGUGCAGACACACACACACACACACACACACACACACACACACUUUGGCUGUUCGAAUUCUUGUGAGGAAAUGGUGUGAAAUUUAACACAAUACAUUACAACAUAUCCUGUUUAACCAUUACUGUGAUAGGGACACUGAGACUGUUCUCCAAACAUCCAAGGCUUGCGAUAAUCACCUCCUGUACAACAGAUGAAUUUGACCCAAAACUCAAGCUCUUCCAAUGGCUUCAGCAUGGGGGGAGUUGGCAACAUGUGCAACAUCGACUUCAGCCAGGAUGUUAUAUUCAUUCCAGUGCUGUACGGCAUCUUCUUCACUCUUGGAGUCCCCCUGAACCUGCUGGCUCUGUUUGGUCUUCACCACCUGAUUAAGUCCAACAAUGUCCUCCCGGUGUAUUUGAUCAACCUGCUUAUCUCCAACCUCCUCCAGCUGCUGACGCUUCCUCUGUGGAUAGACUACUACAGGAGGGGGCACAGCUGGCUCUACGGUCCCAUAGCCUGCCGGCUGGUGGCUCUCAUCUUCUACGUCACCAUCUAUGCCAGCAUAAUGUUCAUGUGCGCCAUCGCAGUGGAGCGGCACUUUGCCAUCGCACGGCCGAUGAAGUUCCAGGCCAUGCGUAGCCUUAAGUACACCCGCUGGGUGGCACUGGGCAUUUGGAUGGUGGUGGCCUUGCCCCCUUCCAUUGCCCUGAAAUCCUUGUUCACUACCUCUCAGAACUCCACCCUCUGCAUUGAAAAGUACCCAUCUGAGGAGGGGUUCAUAACGUACCGUCUGGUCACCCUGGUCCUCUCCUUCUUCCUCCCCCUUAGUUUCAUCGUCAUCCUCCACAGGAAGACCCUGCAGGCUCUGAAAGGGGUGGUCUCUCUAGCCCAACGGGAAAAGAGGCAAAUCCGUGGCCUGCUGGCCCUGCUGGUCGUGGUAUUUUUGGUGGUGCUGGGGCCCUACCACCUUGUUGGUUGUGUGAAGUAUGUGGGACUACUGUUCCACUCCAUGCCAUGCCAAUGGGAAAAGGCCGUGUUCCUGCCUUACCAGGUUGGUAGAGUGCUGCUUAGCAUCAACAGCCUCCUGGAUCCCGUAUUUUACAUUUUCCUCCGUGGCGACUUCAGAGAGGCUGUCUGCAGGUAUCUGCCCUGUCUGAGGAGAGUUCAGUGGUUCACAAGCCAGGAAAGGUCCUCAGAACAGAGGGAGGGACCCACAAACUCCACGCAAGACUCUGAACUGUGAAAAACAAGUGUUCACGGAGUUGUACAUUGUUCAAUCCUUUUUACUUGCAUGGUUUUUAAAGAGCAAUCUCAUCUGGAAAGGGCCAGUGUGGGUACAGGUUUUUGUUUUGGUCUAGCACUUUUUAUUAUUUGUUUUGGUGCUGAUUCUACUUCAAGGUCUUAGUGUCAUGGUGCUGGGAAGUUCAUUGUGUGUCACAAGACUAUUUUAAAUGUAGUUCCUGAUUAUGAAAUCUAUUCUUUCAACAUUCUGACAGAUGUAUGUGUGUGCAUGUGUAUGUGCAGGAUGAUACUGCUAACCACAAUGAAUACAAUGUUUUCUUAAUAUGAUAUAUUUCACUUUUUUUUCACAACUUUUACAUCUUAUUACAUUAUCUUAAUAGUACUGUGUGAAAGAUGGUGCAUUCUAUUUUACAACUUUACUUUUCAUCAAUGUUUAGAAUAUCAGAAAUCUUCAGUGCAUUCCAUUAAGGCUUUGAAAAUCCUGACUCUAGUAAUUAACUUCUGACUGAUUUCAUUAGUCAUGCAUUAGUUGGAGAAAAAUAAUGAAGCAUUAAAUUCAGCUUUGAGUUCUGACCAAACCAAA